AUGGGCCUCUGGAUCAUCUUUGAGCUGGCGGUAACCGUCGUUAUCUGCUGCUGGACUACCAAUUGGUUGAUCCAACAUGUCAUACUUGAUGCUAAGCGCGACCUGCAGAAGGCGGCUUUAGCAGAACAGGCUAGUAUAGCACCUGUACGCAAGGAGGGUGAGACAGCAAUAUAUCGGAACAUGCUUGUGCCGAUGGGGUUUCCGCUGACCACUGGCCUGAACCUAAGCAGAGGGUAUCAAUUUCGAAGGGGUAACUUCGGCGAUAUCUGGAGUGCAGCAGUAGCGGUCGGGAAGGGGGAGAACUACAUAUGCUUCGCUGACGGCAUGCGGUGGACGGUGGGCACUGUCAAUCAUGCUGCAAAACAGUUGCGCGCAUAUUUCAUGCAGGAGAAGCUAGCACAUGUUGGGAUUGUUCCCUCUGUCAGCACACGUGGAGGCUUCAUCUGCGCUAUUGCUGCAUUCAUGGCGUCUCUGGAUGGUGGCGUUGCGCACUUCCUUCCAGCGGUCCCGCGGAAAGACCGUGCCUUGGAUGUUCUUGUAAUUGACUCAUGGGAGAUAGCCGCGCGCUUAAACGGCAGUGAAAACUGGUAUAAGCGCAUCAUAGUUUGCGAUCACUCAGCGAAGCCUCCCGGGCUUCCUGCCAAUUUGAUAUCUCUCCAUGAGCUUAUCGACGACAAAGAAAGUGAUGAUACCUUCAAAUACGAAUGUACCGAUGACACAGAUGACAAUAAGGAAUUUCUACGGAUCAGUAAUGUUUCUAUGGAGACAACAAGCUACCUGCAGGGCUCUCUAGUGAGCUCGGUAGCGAAUUUUAUCAAGACUUUCCCGAUGGCUCAAAGUCUCAGCGAACGUGACAAGUUAACAGUCGUCUUAGAUCAAUUAGAAGAGUCUCUAGCUCUACAAAUAUGGAGCAAACUAUUUGCUGUGUUACUGCAUGGGAGCUCUAUAUCUUUUGUGAAGGCAUCAGAUCUCAGAACAAUUAGCUCUUCCACAACUUUGCUGGUCGUCUCUGGACAAGCGCAAGGUAUCAAAGACUUGGUCAGCACGCAGCUGCAGAAAUGCAAUCGCUUUAUGUUCUCCUGGGCAAUUUCUCUUCUCAGUGAGGGCGUCUUCAGCGGCUGUGCCCGGAUCAGUACUAAUUUUGCGAACCUCAGGUGCGUAUACAUCAUGAACGAGGUAGCAUGUGCUCGUCAUCUCAACUUCUUUCCUGAAGAAAUUCCACAGCGGGAAAGCACUGAUGUUCGGCGACUAACUAGGAUACAAUUGAAUCAGAUCCGAGCGUUACUUGGUGCGCGGGUGGUUAUGGAGCUAUAUGCUCCUUAUACAAUCAUGGGACCGAUUGCGCAAACAAACAUUUAUGACUAUCGCAUAUUUCCGGCACUUGUAGAUGCGACAUUUACUUGUUACGGCACCCUUUCCACCUCUUUAGAGGGUAAAUUAGUUGACUCAGCUGCAAACCCCGAUUUGAGCUCAGCCAAGAGACAGGGCUUGCUAGUAGUCCGGGGAUUCACCAUAGGAAAGCCAUUGGAACAGGAAAGACUAGAUCGCGCAAUGAAGCUGGUCCAAAAUUUUCAUGGAGGCGAAGGCUGGACUCCUCUGGUUGGUGUAUUUGGAAUAUGGGGAUCAGACGGUUGCUUUUAUGAGUUUAAGUAG